AUGCGAACUGAUUAUCAAGGCUCAUCUUCUCCAAAUUUCACAAGUUUUGGGCGUUCAAUUCUUAGUAUGAAACGCGAUCCAGUGGUUCACUCCAUAGACCAUGAAAUCCCACAUCAAGAAAAGGAAAUCGAAGCUUUUCAAAGACAGGUAACUCAAAGGUUUCAUGAGUUAUCUGCAGUCGAUUCACAGGAACUUUUAUCCGUUUCUUGGAUUUCAAAACUCCUUGAUGUUUUCCUGUGUUGUCAAGAGGAAUUCAAAGCCAUAUUAUUCAACCACAAUUCUUCUUUGAGCAAACAACCCAUGGAUAAACUGAUUUCUGAUUAUUUCGAAAGGAGUAUAAAGGGUUUAGACGUUUGUAACGCCAUUAGAGAUGGGAUUGAGCAGAUCAGACAAUGGCAGAAGCAAUUGGAUAUUGUGUUAUGUGCUUUGGAUAACCAAAAAGGUCUUGGUGAAGGUCAAAUCCGAAGAGCUAAAAAGGCUUUGAUCGAUUUAGCAAUUGAGAUGCUUGACGAGAAAGAUUCAAACACAAAUCUUGCUCAAAGAAACCGAUCAUUCGGGCGAUAUCAAAAGGAUUCACAAGGACACAAAUCUUUGAAGCAUUUCAGAUCAUUAUCUUGGAGCGUUCCAAGAUCUUGGUCAUCUUCAAAACAGCUCCAAGCAAUCGGGAACAACAUUGUUCCUCCAAAAACUAAUGAAAUCAUCGCCACAAAUGGACUGGCUGUGGUUGUUUACACAAUGAGUCACGUGUUCUUAUUUGUAAUGUGGGCUUUAGUGGCUGCAAUCCCUUGUCAAGAUCGUGGGUUACAAUCCCAUUUCAACAUGCCUAAAAAUUUCAUUUGGGGGGCACCGAUUCUCUUGUUACACGAGAGAAUUUUGGAAGAAUCCAAGAAAAAAGAAAGGAGAAACACUUGUGGGCUUUUGAAGGAGAUAUAUGGGAUUGAGAAAUCAGCUCGGUUUAUGAACGAAUUGACUGAUUCCAUUCAGUUCCCAUUACCAGAAGAAAAGGAAGAAGAAGUCAGAAAAAGAGUGGACGAAUUGAGGGUUGUUUAUGGAGCUUUGAAGAACGGAUUGGAUCCAUUGGAGAAGCAAGUGAGGGAAGUAUUUCAUAGGAUUGUAAGAAGUAGAACUGAAGGACUUGAUUCCAUUGCAAGAGGAAGCGACUGA